AUGGAAUUAUUGAAUAUCAUAGUGGUAUUAUUCCUAUCAAUUUAUACUAAUCCAAUAAUAGCUUGGUCACCUACUGAUUCUUAUGCUCCAGGAGAAAUCAAUUGUCCUUCAAAUUCUUCAUUAACAAGAAAUGCCGAUUCACUUUCACCUCAAGAACAAGAAUGGUUGAAAGGUAGAAGUUCCAUUGUCAAUAAAAAUUUAAUUUCAUUUUUAAAUAAUGCUAAUAUGACUGAUUUUGAACCCGAAUCAUUUAUUAAUGGAUUAAAUCGUUCGAUUAAAAUUGGUCUUUCAUUUUCUGGUGGUGGAUAUCGUGCCAUGUUAAAUGGAGCAGGUCAAUUGGCUGCUUUAGAUAAUAGAACUAGAGGAGGUUCUGAAUCAGGAUUAGGUGGAUUAUUACAAGCAUCAACUUAUUUAGUUGGGUUAUCUGGAGGUAAUUGGAUGGUAGGAACAAUUGCUUAUAAUAAUUUUACUUCAGUACAAAAUAUAUUAGAUCAAGAUUCAAUUUGGGAUUUAAGUCAUUCAAUUAUGAAUCCUGGUGGUUGGAAUGUGAAAAAAACUUAUAAUUAUUAUAAAAAUAUUUCUGAUGCAUUAGAUGAUAAACGGAAAGCUGGUUUUGAAGUUUCUAUUACUGAUACUUGGGGUCGGGCCUUGUCCCAUCAAUUUUUCCCGGGAUUAGAUGAUGGUGGUGAUGCAUUAACUUGGUCAACUUUACAAGAUGUUGAUGUUUUCAAAAAUUAUGAAAUGCCAUUCCCAAUUGUUGUUGCUGAUGGUAGAACUCCAGGGACUUAUGUAAUUAGUGGGAAUUCUACAAUUUUUGAAUUUAACCCUUUUGAAAUGGGUUCAUGGGAUCCAGCAGUUUAUCAAUUUAGUCAAGUGAAAUAUCUUGGUACUGAAGUUAAAGAUGGUAAAUCUGUGAAUGGGAAAUGUAUUGGUGGUUUUGAUAAUGCUGGAUUUAUUAUGGGUACUUCUUCAUCAUUAUUUAAUCAAUUCAUUUUACAAAUUAAUACUACAUCAAUAUCAUCAACAAUUAAAUCACUUAUUACAUCUAUUUUACAAGAUCUUUCUAAUGAUGAUAAUGAUAUUGCUGUUUAUAAACCAAAUCCAUUUAAAGAUAGUGAUGUUGCUGGUUCCAAAUCCAUUGCUUCUAAUGAUACUUUAUAUCUUUGUGAUGGUGGUGAAGAUCUUCAAAAUAUCCCUCUUUAUCCAUUAUUACAAGAACAACGUGAAGUUGAUGUUAUUUUUGCUUAUGAUAAUUCAGCUGAUACUAAUCAAUAUUGGCCUAAUGGUGCCUCUAUGGUAGCAUCAUUCCAAAGACAAUUUGGUAAUCAAAGUAAUGGUACUAAUUUUCCUUAUGUCCCCGAUGUGGCCACAUUUGUUAAUUCUAAUUUAACUGCUAAACCAACAUUUUUCGGUUGUGAUGCUAAAAAUUUAACUUCAUUAACACAAAAUAAAACUAGUGUUUAUGAUAUCCCUCUUUUAGUAUAUACUGCUAAUCGUCCAUUUUCUUAUUGGUCCAAUACUUCAACUUUCCAAAUGAAAUAUGAAACUAAAGAACGUAAUGCCAUUAUUCAAAAUGGAUUUGAAGUGGCAUCAAGAAUGAAUUUAACUUUAGAUAAUGAAUGGAAAGCUUGUGUUGGUUGUGCCAUUAUUAGAAGACAACAAGAAAGACAAGGUAUUGAACAAAGUGAUCAAUGUAAAAAAUGUUUCCAGAAAUAUUGUUGGGAUGGUAGUUUAUCUAAAGAUAAUUCAAUUAAUGUUAAUUUUACUACUGAAGGUACUACUAAUAAUACUGAAUCAAUGAAAGUUAAUAGUGGAGUAUUGAUAAGUGUUAGUUGGUCAUUAUGGGCCAUAAUGUUAGCAGCAUUAAGUGUAUUUAUACUUGGAUAA